AUGCACGUUGUAGCGCUGCUGUUCUUUUCGGCCACUCGUGAGGUGGCUGCGCCCCGCUUCGGUGUGCUUGAAGGCGUGCGGUGCCUGUUGCAGCAGCUGCAGGCGACGACGCCCGCGCCCUCGCCCUCGGAGGAGGCGCGCGCCAGCUCGUCCUCGCCCUCGCCCUCGCCGUCGGCCGCCGGCAGCGCGCAGGCGUGGCGCCGCGUCGCCUCCGCCACCACGCAGCGCCCGCAGGUCACGCUCUCCCUCCCGCAGUACUCGAUCGACUGCGCGGAGGGCCUGUCGUGCAGCGAGACGAUCGCCGUGGACGCCGCCACGCAGCCGCCCACCUUCAAGCCCUACCCGCAGGAUGUGCUGGACAAGUUCCUGCGCGACUUCGCCCACGCCCAGCGCCUCCCCGACCAGCACGCCAGGCCGACGGAGGGGAGCGUGGAGCGCGCGACGAACCGCCUGGCCAACCUGUACCUGGAGCACGAGGGGGCGGCGGGGGCGGAGGGCGAGGCGGAGAUCGAGGGGGAGGCGAGCGGGGAGGAGGAGGGGGAGGAGGAAGGCGGAGCGCGAGGGCGGGAGAGCAGGGCAAGUCGCGCUGCACCUGCUCUCGCGCAGCAACACCACCACCCCUAUGACGACCGCGACGGCUGGUGUCGCUGGAGCCCGUUCCGUGGUCCACCAGCAAGGUGGCCAGUGGCACGCCACGCGCACCAAGCGGCCCCCACCACAAGCCGCCCAACAGGUACGGCGAGCGCGCCACAACCCGGCCACUAUGCCGACAGAAAGUCGCGCCCACACCCGGCCACAGCUACACCACAGGCGCGCCACCGCACACCAGUCCACCUUGCUCAAACAACGCUCCAGCCCCAACCCCUGGCCACAGCUACACAGGCACGCCUAACCUCACUCAGGCACUAG